UUCAGUUUCUAUAGAAACAUAAAACAGCAUCCCAGCAUCAAGUCUGCUUCGCUCCGAGUCUUUCUCCUCCGGGCUUAUCAAUCAGUUAUUGGAAGCCGCUUCAUACGCUAAGAUGUUUAAACUACUGCUGUGGUACACAUUUUUGACAUUGCUGACCGACGCCAUCAGCGAUCAUCUGCACAUCUGUCAGCACCGGAUCAGCAUGAAGGAAGGAUUCUACGUGUACGACGCCGAUUGCAGCAACUAUGACGAUCAAGCGCUGGCCAAGGCCAGGUUCAACGAGGAUCGGGAGCUAUGGAUCCGUAACGGGACGAUCGAAAACAUACGGCAGCUGUUGAACGGCAGUCUGUAUGACAUAACCAACCUGAAGAUCACGAAUUUUGCACAGGAGGGGAGCUCGUCGAUUGCGGUGUUUCCAAUCGAUUCGAUGAGGUUUUCAAUUUUGGAUUUGUCAAACGAUGGCAUUGAGAAGCUGGAGAUCACAGAGGACGACUACAGGCUGACCCACCUGGACGUGAGGAAAAAUAAACUAACAGAAAUAGGAAAUGUGCGGCAUCUGAUCAAGCUGGAGUCGUUGAAGGUGGAUAACAAUGCCAUUGAAAGUGUAUCGCUGGACGAUUUCAAGAGUUUGUGGGAUUUGUUGGUGUUAUCCUUGGCUGGCAAUCGCAUAUCCAGCAUAACGGCAACGGAGGAGGUUUCACUGCUUAAAUUAAGGUCAAUUGAUAUUUCGGACAAUCAAUUGACAACAUUAGACGUGUCGCUGUGGAAGUUUCCUCAAGUCAGCACUUUCUACUUGCAUGACAACUCGUUGGCCAAAAUCGACGGACUUCGAGGGAAGUUCUCAAGGACGUGGGACAUCUCAAUGGGAGGACGGAACAAUUGGGAUUGUGCGUGGUUCGACCGGUUGUUGGAGUUCCUGAAGAGCGACCGUCAAUUCGCAAUGCAAAUGUUCGGUGAUAAACCCUCCUGUCCGGAUCAAACGAGGAUGGAUGGGUUCGUUUGCUGCAACAACACGACCAACGACAUCACUCAGUAAUUAAGCGCACCACUAUCGCAAUCAAUAAAAUAGAACUUCCCGCUGAAA